UUUCAUAAAACCUAGACCUUAGACACUGCAUCUCCCGUACACUUGAGAACUAUAUAAGAACUCGGCACAGACUUUCUUAUAUACAUCCAUUUACAGUAGUUAUUCGCUGCCUUUUACACUCCCGUUUGUUCUUCCCUUUGUUAUUUACGAACUGCGCAAUUCCUGUAUUCAUGCCUCAAAAUUAAAUCCCAUUUCAGUAGCCUUUCUGCAAUUUAUCUUCCCCUCUAUCGAAUGGUUUCUGAUUUUUGCUCAAUCCUUCACCACAAUGCCAUUACCCAAUCUAUUCUCCAGCCGCUUACCCUACCAUAUUCAGAGAAUUUCUCUCUCUUUUCAAAUCUUUCCUUUUCUGAAUUCACUUUUAGUUCAUGACUUUUCCACAAAUUCAAUGAAAAAAAGACCAUCUUCCACUUCGAUUUCAAUAACAAGAUCACCCACAAAUUCGAGGGGAAGAAAGCCAACUUCCAGUUCAAUUGCAAAAUCACCCACAAAUUCAAUUAGUAAAAAACAUCUUCUUCUACUGCCUCCCCAACAUCAAAUUCGUCGAAUAUUGAUGAUUUAGUUUCCGAAAAGGUGUUCAGAGCUUUGAUUUACCAUUCCCCUGACGAAAAUGAAUUUGAUUCUCUUAUGCGUGAGAUCAAUGUCAAAGCAGAUCAUAAAAUCGUUGAAAAAACCAUUCGUAGCUUCACAAACAACUGGAAAAUUGCUUACAACUUCUUCAAUUGGGCUGACACACAAUCUGGGUAUGAACAUAGCACAGGGGUUUGUAAUCUUAUGCUUGAUAUUCUCGGUAAGGCUUUGGAAUUUGAUCUUUGCGAGAAAUUGAUCGAAAAAUUGCGUGAGAAAAGUGGUUUGGCGGAUCAAACCACAUUUCGGAUCAUGUUCAAGAGGUAUGCCUCUGCCCAUAUGGUAAAAGAAGCUAUUGAGAUUUAUCAAAAAAUGGAAGACUUCAAAUUGAAAGAUAAGACUGCGUUUUUCACCCUUAUUGAUGCUCUCUGUGAACACAAACAUGUUACUGAAGCAGAAGAAUUAGCACUCGGAAAAGAUCGUGAAUUCCCCAUAGAAACAAAGACUUAUAAUAUUGUUAUUCGUGGGUGGUGCAAAUUGGGGUGGUGGCAAAAAUGUAGAAGCUUUUGGGAGGAAAUGGAUCAAAAGGGAAUAGCUCGAGAUCUAUAUUCAUACACCAUUUACAUGGGUAUUCUUAUAAAGAUGAAUAAGCCAUGGAAAGCUGUUAAAUUGUAUGAUGAAAUGAAAGAGAGAGGGAUUGUUUUUGAUACUGCUGCUUAUAACACUGUGAUCCAUGCUCUUGGCCUUGCAAAUGAAGUGAGAAAGUCUCUUCAAGUCUACCAUGAAAUGGUGGAUACGGGGUGCCCCCCGAACAUAGUGACUUACAAUACCAUAAUCAAGCUUCUUUGUCGCACAGGCAGAAUUACAGAGGCCUAUGAUCUGUUAGAGCAAAUGCCUAGCAAUGGUUAUGCACCAAAUGCCAUUACGUACCAUUGUUUCUUUUCUAGCCUAUCAGAACCAAAGGCACUUCUGGACCUAUUUGAUAGAAUGGUUGAGAGCGGUUGCAGCCCAAUAAUGGAAACUUAUGUCAUGUUGAUUAAGAAGUUUGGGAGUUUGGGAUAUUUACGACCAGUUUUUCAUGUAUGGAAGGUGAUGGAGGAAAGAGGUUGCAGUCCUGAUGAGUUUGCUUACAAUGCUCUCAUUGAUGCUUUGAUACAAAAGGGUAGAUUAGACCUUGCAAGGAAGUAUGAUGAAGAGAUGUUGGCGAGAGGCGUCUCAUUAAGGCCUCGCAAGGAGUUACAAAUGAAGUCAUUAGGUGGAAAUUCUGAUUAUGAAAUCGAUGACUUUUGACUAAUAGAGCGUUGGUUGGGGGGAUUGCUCUAAAAUUUGUUAGUGGUGGUGGGGCUGAAUGUGAAUUUUGUCCGGUGUGGUGCUUGAAUAUCCAUGGAUGGAGUUAUUGAUCUAAAAGUUAUUGAUCUAAACUCUAAACCUCUACUUCAGAAAGUGGGAAUGUAUACUAUAAAAUAUGGCCCAUGGAAGAGGCAUAGACUAUUGGGUGGCUGCUGUCCAUGAAAGUGAUGAAUGGUCAUAGCAACUGGCACUCAACAUUGUGGUCAAGUCACUCCCAUUCACUUUUACAUCAUCUCAAUGGAAGAUGGUGCGUGUGAAAGAGCAUUGAGAAUUAUGGAAUGACUGUACACAAUGUUGGCACUAACUUCCUGCCGUAUUUGACUUAGUACCGAGAUAGGAAAGUUCAGUGUAUGACAGAAUGCUACCAAAGUCGUCAUGAUGCAACUUGAUGACAUCAGCUUCCGAGUGGCUUCCAUAGUUAAGCUCAACUUCGACAACCCAGGCCCCUCAAGUAUAGGGGGCAUUUUCAGAGAUUUCAAUGGCAUCGCCCUCUUCUCCUUCUCCCACUUCAUUGGCAACACCAACUCCACCGCUGCUGAAGCCUUAGACCUUCUUGUAGGACUUCGCAACUUCAACUCCUCUUGGGGUGCCACUCUGAUCAUCGAAGGGGACUCUAACAAUGUUAUAGCCUGGGCAUCAAGAUCCUCCCCCUGCCCUUGGAACUUAGAUCGCAUUUUUGACUAAAUUUUCCACCUUUAAGGGGAUAUUCAUGUUGUUUGGCGGCAUACUUGGAAGGAAGCCCAUGCUGCAGCCGAUGCCCUCACUAAGGAAGGAACCUCACAGCAGAACACAUGGGACUUUUGGGCACCUUUUUGAGCACUAGACCCAACCUUUUGUUUUCAUGUUCAACAAUCUUAAAUUGCAUAGCAUUUUUUGGGCUCUGUAAGGAGUUUUUGUACACGAUCAUCAGGAAUGUUGGUGGAUCAACCUUUUGUAUGUCUUUUAAUACAACAUUUAACACUUUAAAAAAAAGAUGACAUCAGCUUCCGAUUAACAGCAUAUAGUUUAACGAAAGGCCCACGUACUGUGGAAAAAAAAAAAAGGGAAAGAUGUUGAUGCCCUCUUUUUGUGGGUUUGAUGUUUUGGAGCUUUAGACAUUUCCAAUUGGAGCUCAAGCUAGCAUUUCUUCUAGUUGAACCAUUUACCAUACAAAACAAUGGUAACGAUGUAGGAGCUGGGCUCUUUUGAGAGGCUAAAUUUAAUUUACAUGGUCUGAUGUUUGUUUUGCUGUAUAAUAGUCUCACUUCAGAAUCAGUUCUUGUCUAUUAAACAGUGAUAAAGUGACACCACUUAGUCCAUAUCCUUCAACCAGGAAAAUCAAAUAACGCAUGGAGCUUGGCUUUGAACCAUGAAAUGAUUGGCUUAGGACAAAAACUAGUAUAUAUACUUGGUUUUACAUAACCCAUCUUUUUUUCAUUUUCCAUUCUUGUUGAUUUCAUGAUGCCUUGUAACAUGGAGCUUGGCUCCUAUAUCCAAUCUGGAAUGAUUAAAAAGGGUUGACUAUGCAUUUUUAAUUGAAUUUUGGGUUUUUCUCUUUGUUUAUUGAGUAUAAGCUAUUGAACUGAAUUGGCUAUUGUCACAUAUGGGAUUAUGCAGUGAUUAUUUGGAGCUCCUAUGUGGCGGUUAUGAUCAUGCAAUUUUUGACUGGUAGGCUCUUGCGAUCAUUCAAAAUGGGAUUUUUGUGUGCAUUGAAAGUUGUCCGUGUUCUAAUUUUGUGUUUUAGAUUCCUUUUCUUCAUUUUCUAUGUUUUAUAUUUGAAUUUUUCUGUAAUCAUUGUUUUAUAUAAUACUAAAAGCUGUUCCAGUUUAUAUAUUCGGUUUUGUGUUAUUAAUUCUACGAUUUUUACCUCUUAGGCUCCGGCUUAGUGGUAAGCUUAUUGCUCUGGGUGGGGGGAGGUAGUGGUUCGAACCCUUGAAGGUUAUCCCAAAAAGUCCAAACUAGCUAACCCAGCCCCCCGUUUUUUUAGUGGGAAAUCCCAUGCUUAUGAGGUUUUAUUUAUGUCCUUCUUAGGGCCUAAUUCAUGAGACUAUACCCUUUAAAGCUUUAGGACCCAUUUGGGCAAGCUGACGUUUUCCUGUCUCUUGCAAUUUAAGCGCAAUUGGCAAAUAAUUUAUCAAUUUAUUAAUCUCUUUUUAUUUAUGAAAAGCAGAAAAAGCAGUUCUCUGAGUGAUUUCUAUUCACUACUUAAGGUUAACAUUAUCAAAAAAAGAUAUCUAUUCACUACUUAGGUUGUUCGGUCGAUACAAAAUAAGUUUCAGAGUUAAAUCUUUGUUUAAAGCCACAAUUUUGACACUUUUACCCAUCUUCAUGGUUUGUAAGAUAUGCAUAUGAUAUCUUGAAACUACACUAUUAUGAUAUCUUGAAAUAUAUGUAUUAAAUUAAUGGACUAUAUUUACAGGAGAGCAAGAAUUUCCUUCAUUUUGUAGUGUUUAUACUUGAUAUAAUACACUAGUUGAUUCAUAUGGGAGUAAAAGAAUUAAUUUGUUCCUUAGGAAACUGAUUUUGCAAAGCUUUAUCCAUCCUUGGAUAAAAUGAAUAUGCCUGUUCUAUUAAUGGAAAAUAUUCUAUAAUCCGAUUGGCCAUACUAUAGUCCACUGGAUUCAGCACCAUCCAUUUAAAAGAUGGUAAGGUAAUGGAGAGAAUGUAGGAUGUAGAGGACAUGGCCUGUACUGGUGUUUCCCACCCACUCCAUGAACGUUCAUUAUUUCAUUGGAUAGUGAUGAUCUUAUGGUUUUCCAUAGUCAAUUCUAUUGUAGUUUCCAUACAUUAAUCUCAUAUUAUUUAGUAAUAGUUACCAUCUUUCUGGUCCACAUGUGUGCUUAUAUUUAUUGGCAUGAAUGGAGAGACUUACUGCAACACGGCCACAUUGGUCUCAUGUGUUCAAAACUCAUCCAAGUACAGGGGUCCAAUUGUGGGGAUAUUGAAGGGAUUUGCAGGCCUCAGUGGUGCAAUUUUGACCCAUAUAUACACCAUGAUCAAUGCCCCCUGAUCAAGUUGCACCCAUCUUCAUGAUAGCUGUAGGACCAGCUAUGGUGAUCAUUGCUCUUAUCUUCUUUGUUCGACCAGUUGGAGGGCACAGACAAGUUCAAACUUCCGAUAAUUCAAGCUUCACAUUUGUGUACGGUGUAUGCCUCCUCCUGGCAGCUUAUUUGAUGGGAGUUAUGUUAGUCGAAGAUUUAACAGAUGUUUAUAGGGAUGCAACCAUAGUGUUCACUAUUGUAUUGUUUAUUCUUGUUUUGCUUCCCAUUGUUAUGCCUUUGAAAUUGCAGUUUUGCGAGGACUCCAAAUCUCUAGUAGAUGGGACUCCAUUGCAAGAGCCUCUAAAACAGGAAACAGAUGAGAAACCCAUACGUACACCUGAGGUGAUAUUAGGUGAAUUUGAGGAUGAGAAGCCAAGGGAGGUUGAUUUGCUUCCAGCUUGUGAAAGGAAGAAGAGAACUGCAGAAUUGCAGGCUUGAUUGCUAAAAGCAGUGGCAUGGGGAGCUGUCAGAGUGAAGAGGAGAGGGCCCGCGUGGAGGAGAACACUUCACCUUGUUGCAAGCAUUGAUCAAAAGUGAUUUUUGGCUAAUCCUCUUCUCUCUCCUGUUGGGUGGGGGAUCGAGCCCAACAGCGAUUGAUAACAUGGGUGAGUUAAGCCAAUCCUUGGUUAUGAGAACACCCAUUUAUUUGUUUCCAUGAUCAGCAUUUGGAACUUUCUUGGUCGAGUUGGUGGGAGUUACAUUUCUGAGGUUGUUGUCAGGUAAAUUGGAUUUGUUAUGCCACCAUUUGGUAGCAUCCUCCAUGAAUUUCUGGUUGAGAAUUCAUGCAUUUUACUUCAUGUUGAAUUUCAUAAACCCUAUUCUGAGUGCUACAAGCAUAUUUUGCCUCUCA